AUGUGGACGGAAGAUCAUUUGCGAUUAUUAAUCAGCGAACAAAAAAACAGAAAUUCAGAAUAUCAUAGUAUAAUUGGAAAUAGGAUGAAUUUCUGGGAUAGCAUUUUAAUAUGCCAAUAUAUUGCAGGAAAUAAUUCUGAGCGUCAAAGCAAAGUUGAAACACCAUUUGAUAUGAUUCAUAAUUCAAACAUUGCCAUGGGACGUGCCCAAGAAAGAUGUCGUAACCGUACUCCACCACCAACUUAUGAUGAAUUAACAUCAAUGAUAGGUUCAAGUUGUCGUGAAUCUUCCGCAGAAGAGGCGAGAGAACGGAGUUCAUCUGUUGUUGAUAGGAGGAUUCAAAGACAAUCACCAUAUAUAUCUUUAACCCGUGAUGAAAUCAACAUUAAUACAAACAAUCUUGAUGUGAGAAAUCCCAAACAAAAUAUUAAAACAAUACCUCUUCAACCUCCACCCCUAUGA